CUGCGCCGUGUUUCCUCCCGAGCCGCGCACGCGGGGGCGCUCUGAGGUGCUGGACGGAAAUGGCGAUGUUUGUCAGUAACGCUGUUGAUGUCGAUUAGAUGUCCACUGCUCGGAGCCCGCGGGUAUUUCUGUGAGGGCCAGGGCGCGAUGCGUGAGCGGCUCGGGGAGUGACUCUGGUGAAGAGUGUGUGGAGCAGCUGCGUCCUCUGAUCUCUCUGAAGCGCUCGCAGAGUGCGGUGACCAUGGCCUGCAGCCUGAAGCAGAGCGGCGGAGAGACCUGCAUGCUUUCGGGAUCUAACGGACUGAAUGGGACGAAGUCGUCGGGGGCCCCGUCUGCGGAGCGGAGGCACAGCGGUCGUGUGUCCCGCGUGGCGCGGGUGGCGCUGGACGUCCAGGGUAAAUGUGCGGCGUACGUGCUGGCGCUGCGGCCGUGGAGCUUCAGCGCCUCCCUCACCCCCGUGGCCCUGGGCAGCGCUCUGGCCUACAAGCUGGAGGGCUCGGUGGACCUGCUCGUCCUGCUGGUGUGUGCCGUGGCCGUCCUGGUGGUCCACGGGGCGGGAAACUUGGUGAACACCUACUAUGACUUCUCGAAGGGAAUCGAUCACAAGAAGAGCGACGACAGGACUUUGGUGGAUCAGAUCCUGAAGCCGCAGGACGUGGUGAUGUUCGGAGCCGCGCUGUACUCCGCAGGAUGUCUCUGUGCCACUCUACUCUACUUCCUGUCCUCCCUCAAACUAGAGCAUCUAGCUCUCAUUUAUUUCGGAGGACUGUCGAGCUCUUUUUUAUACACUGGAGGCAUCGGACUGAAGUACGUGGCUCUGGGGGACGUGGUCAUCCUCAUCACCUUCGGUCCCCUGGCCGUGAUGUUCGCUCACGCCGUGCAGGUGGGUUACCUGUCGGUGCUGCCGCUGGUGUACGCCGUGCCGCUGGCGCUCAACACCGAGGCCAUCCUGCACAGCAACAACACGCGGGACAUGGACUCGGACAAGCAGGCGGGCAUCGUCACCCUGGCCAUCCUGGUGGGGCCCGCGCUGUCCUACGUCAUCUACAACCUGCUGCUGUUCGUGCCCUACCUGCUCUUCUGCAUCCUGGCCACGCGCUACACCAUCAGCAUGGCUCUGCCGCUGCUCACGCUGCCCAUGGCCUUUCCUCUGGAGAGACAGUUCCGCCGGCAGUGCUACGCCAAGAUCCCGCAAAAGACCGCCAAGCUCAAUCUGCUCAUGGGACUCUUCUACGUCUUCGGGAUCAUACUGGCGCCGCAGGGUAGCUUGCCGUUAUUGUGAAAGAACUGUGUUUUUCUUUUAAAACUUUGGUCCAGUUUGUUUUAAACUACUCUAGAUACUUUUGUAUUUAUAGCGAAGCUAAUGGGAAGUUCAGAGACUUUAAUUUAUUGUUGUUAAUUUAUGUUUUGGGACAUGUUUCUGGGUACGUAAGCUGUCCAGAACAUCAGUAUUGUCGAAACAGACCAGUCUGGAAACGAAUAUAUAAUGUAUGGUUUACUAGCGGAAGGUUUCAGAUAUAAUUUAGGACCUUUCUCAUGAUUUCAUGUUUUUAUAAACAUGGGUGUAACGCAUUUUGUAAUGAUUUGUUUUUGAUUGUACGUUUUAUAAAUCCAGAAUAUCAUCUUCCGUGUCAGCUCUCGAGUCCCUGUCUGUUCAGUUUUGCCUAAAAGAUACAAGAGUCCCAGCGUUGUGUUUUCAGCAUUAAAUCAUUCUAUAAAACCCCUCCGAGUCCUGAAUCCACAAGACUGCUGUAGUUGUUUAGAAAUGCUUCCCAGCUGGAUCUUAUGUAAUAGUCAUCAUUAAAAGACAUAUUUUGCCAGACUUUCCAAAUAAAGGAUCUACUAAAUGAA